AUGUAUAAAUAAAAAGGUGAAACAACUAAUCGAGAGAUAUGGUAUUGUGCAUUCAUCUUCUCCAAAUUUAAGGUACUCAAUUAAUUUCAGGACCUACCAUGGUGCCCACUUUCAUUUGUUAAGAACUCAGGGUAGUUUGUUGUCAUGGUGUGUAUAAAUAUAGGUUCCUGAAGAACAAAAAGCACCACUUUUUAUUGAGACUAUGGCUUCAAUUCAAUUCUCUGUCUUCCUAGUUGCAGCAUUCUUGCUCAGCCCAACAUGCCUAUGCGUGCCUCGGUCACGCAUUGGCGCAAGAGCCUAUGGCUUUCUUCGCUUAGGGUCUGAACUCCCCAUGGAACAAGAAUUAAUGGAGAAUACUACUGGCAAGCACUUUGUUCUAGUUCAUGGGUCUAACCUUGGAGCAUGGUGCUGGUACAAGCUUAUCACCCUACUCAAAGCCGCGGGUCACAACGUUACAGCCUUGGACCUGGCCGCAAGCGGGAGGGACCCAAGGCGGCAAGAUGAGGUGGCCACCUUUUUCGAGUAUGCGCAACCAUUGACGGACUUCAUGGCCUCCCUGCCUAAUGAGACGAAGGUGGUCCUAGUUGGUCACAGUUAUGGUGGCUUAUCCAUUUCUCUAGCCAUGGAGCACUUCCCGGAGAAAAUCUCCGUUGCAGUUUACGUCACUGCCUUAAUGCCCAAUUAUACUACUCCACCAGCUACCGUUGUAGAACAAUAUAUCAACACGACCUCGCCUUUAGUGGAUUCCGAAGUUGAAUAUGAUUCGAAUAAUCAGCCAGUUUCCGUACUCGUUGGUCCAAAAGACCUUGUAGCUAAUCUUUAUAAUAACUCCCCAACAAAGGACCAGGACCUAGCUAAAACUUUGGUUAGGCGAACUGGGUUUUACUUGAAUGACUUGAGCGAGCCUCUGCUGACAGAGAAUAAUUACGGGUCGGUCACUCGGGUUUUUAUAAUGAGUGGAGAUGAUCGAUCUGUUAUAGUGGAUUUACAGAAAUAUAUGAUUGAGAAUAGCCCUCCUGAAGAAGUGAAGUUCAUAGCCGAGUCUGAUCAUAUGGUCAUGAUUUCAAAACCGUUCGAGCUUUACAUCAGUUUGCAGCAGAUUGCUGAUAAAUAUAAUUGAAUGUGUGUUACUGUGUGUGUUCUUUAAUAAUUAAACCUGAAGCAUAAGCAGUGUGUGCAUCAUUAAGUCGCAUGCACAGCUAGCCUAAAUAAAAGGUCAUGAAAUAAAGUUAUGAAAUAAGUUGAAAAGUUCAGAGUGCGUAGUUUUUUGUUCCAUCAUGUAUUCUCUUUAAUUUUCACGAAAUAAAGGAUACUUAAAUGUAAUGUAACUGAAUUGCAUAAAUAUAUAUAAUGUGGAAUAUUUUAAUGUUGCGUGA